AUGAUCACAGUCACUGAAGCAGUCACCACAACAGCUGCCACGACCAUCACCAAAUCAAGCAUAAUCACAGUCACCGAAGCAGAUACAACAGCGGCGACGACAUCUUCGGCGACAGCAGCAUCAAGUGCUGUACCUUUGUACGGCCAAUGUGGUGGAGCCAACUAUGUCGGCCCUACAGCGUGCGCCGCAGGAGCAGUCUGCCAGUUCCAAAACCCAUACUAUUCUCAGUGUGUGGCCAGAGCUACCAACGGAUCGACACCCGUAAUACCCAUCUACGGACAAUGCGGCGGAGCUGAGUAUAUUGGCUCCGGACAGUGUACCGCAGGAUCAUUCUGCCGCUUCCAAGACGCCAAUUUCUCACAGUGUGUGCCCAACGCACUCAAGCCUACCACAGCACCAGCAUCAACCGUGGUGCCUUUGUAUGGCCAAUGUGGCGGUAUUGGCUAUACACCUACUCCCUUCUGCCCCCCAAGACAAUACUGCAUGAACCCGGUUUGCGCCGCAGGAUCAUACUGCCAAUACCAGAACGACUACUACUACCAGUGUGUGGUUGCCCCUGCUUAUGACGUAUUGCCUGUAUACUCCCGCUGUGGAGGAUUCGGAUACAACGGCCUCACGACGUGUGAAGAGGGAUCGUCCUGCACGUACACAAAUGAGUACUAUUCUCAGUGUGUG